GCUCGCAUUCAUUUGAGGAGGCGGAGGGCAGCGCACGCAAGUUUCCUGCGGUGGAUCUGAAGUUAUCCUUUUAACAUCAGGGGUUAUCGCAAAUAAACCUGCUCUUCGAGAGAGCUGAAAAGGAAAAGAAAGACAGACUCUGUCCCAAUCAGAGGCGGUGUGUGUUACCUCCCAGCGGUCUGUUGUCCUCUCCGAGUGCUGAAAAAUGAGUCUAAGCAGCAGUGAUAUGGAGGUCCUGUGGGACUCUUUGGAUGAGCUCAACUUCUCUGACCCAUUCAGCAACAUAACAAGUGUGGAAUCAAUGGUGUGUGCAACGGCAUUCAACCGUACGGCUCUGCUGAAUUCCUUGUGCGUCCUCUACACUUUCAUCUUCAUCGUCGGCCUGGCCGCCAAUGCCCUGGUCCUCUGGGUCAACAUCCGCGCACAAAGAGACUCCAGCCCUCGCCACGAGACACACAUGUACAUCACACACCUGGCAGUUGCGGACCUCUGCGUGUGCGCUACUUUGCCUAUAUGGGUGAGCUCACUGGCCCAGCAUGGCCACUGGCCCUUUGGUGAAGUGGCAUGCAAACUCACGCACCUGCUCUACUUCGUCAACCUUUUCGGGAGCAUCUUCUUCCUGGCCUGCAUGAGUGUGGAUCGCUACCUGAGUGUGACGCGGCAUGCAGAUGAGGGAGGUGCACGCAGGAAGUUGAUCCGCCGUGGUGCGUGUGUAGGGGUGUGGCUGCUGGCUCUGAUGGCCUCCGUGCCAGACACCUACUUUUUGCAUACUGUGAAGUCAGCACACGGGGACAUCAUGCUGUGCAGGCCUGAGUACCCAGAGGAGAACCCCAAGGAAUGGAUGGUGGGGGUGCAGCUGAGCUUCAUCCUGCUUGGCUUUGUUCUCCCCUUCCCCAUCAUUGCUGUGUUUUACAUCCUGCUGGCCAGAGCUUUUGCUCACUCCUCUUCCUCUUCUUCUACUUCAUCGUCUUCCCCAGUGGAGCAGGAGCGCCACGUGAGCCGCAGGGUGAUCCUAGCUUACAUUGUGGUUUUUCUGGCCUGCUGGGGGCCCUACCACGGUGUCCUUCUGGCUGACGCUCUGUCACAGCUGGGCAUAGUGCCGCUGACCUGUGGCCUGGAGAAUGUGAUCUACGUGGCCUUACAUCUCACCCAGUGCCUGUCCUUGCUUCACUGCUGUUUCAACCCCAUCCUCUACAACUUCAUCAACAGAAACUAUCGCUAUGACCUCAUGAAGGCUUUCAUUUUCAAAUACUCGACGAGGACGGGUCUGGCACGUCUCAUCGAGGCUCCGAACGUGUCUGAGGCCGAGUACUCUGCUGUAGCCGUAGAAAACCCACCACAGAUUUAAAAGUUACAAAUCUCUGCAAAGCAUUUAAUGAAGCUUUAAUUCAGUGUAAACUUAUUUUACAGCUGAUUUGUUUCGUCUAUUAUCAGCAUUAUGUUUGAUAUUAGAAGAGGAAAUGCUAGAGUCACAGAAAAGCUUGAAGAUCGUGACACUUCAUCUCUGGUGGACUGAUUGAAAAGCACUUAGAAAGCAAUGUUAUUAUAAAAUCUGUUACAGAAAUCAUGGAGCUAGUAUCAUUGCAAAGCCAAACCAGUGAUUGUAAAUGUGUUAAAUUUUUGCUGUCUAUGUAGAAUUAUAUUUGUUGUAAGUUUGUAUGUGUAUUCAAUGUAUAUAUAUCUUUGUUUAUAGUUGUAUUUAUAUGAGUUUAAAUGUGAUUUCCUCUUAAAUGUCUUCACACACUGAUUUCUGCUCAGAGCUCCACGUCAUACAGUGCUGCCUCAGUAUUUAAGUCCUGCUGUGUUAUUGACCACAACCUCUUCUCACAUCAGCAAAAAAAGCCUACUAAUAAGACAAAAGACUUUUUUAGGUUUCUACCUAUUAAAGGAACACUUCAACUCUUUUGAAAGACAGACUUUUCACUCUGACUGAAUUUAUGAUAUUAAUGCUAUUCUCAUAUUUCUAAACUAAACAUAAAGACAGCAAGUUGCUGAUUAGCUCAGCUCAACUUAACCUACCCUCCUACUUUAACCUUACGGCUCAGUUUUAUUUUGGUCGUAAAUCUUUCCAGACCAUCAGUCUGGAACCAUCAGCUGUGACUACUGAGCUCAAAGAGUAGAUGCAUGUCGCUUCUGACUGUUCUGGAAGGCAUUAUACAGUAUCCAUUGCUGUCACUCUUAUCUUGUAUCUGUGCUAGUGAGAUACACAUGUCCAUGUGGUAUUAAUCCUGCUGGGUUAUCACGCAGGCCGCAGACAGCGCAAACCUUAUGACCAAAAUAAAUGAAAAGCUUUGUUCCUCUCAUACAGGCAACACCCAAGUGUUUAUUGGCAACCAAAUAACAAAAACAUCAUCAUGUUUGCAUGUGUGUGUGUAUGUGUGUGUGGAGGUGUCUGGGUAUUACAGAUGCCCUGUGUCUGUGUAUGAAAGAGCAUGACAGCAAACGAGGACUUUUACAUGUUAUAAAAUGUAAAUAAUAACUUUUUCUUUUUUUUAUAUGCUGACACAGGCACAUCUUCUCAUGUGAUUGGUUACAUAUGUAAGCUGUUACACCGAAAUGUUUUUUUCAUGUUGCAAUUCGAACGAAGUUGAGAAGCAAACAUGUGUCUACAAGAACAGAGGCAUUCCUUUGACACGGUAAUGUGUAACACGUGUAUUAUUCUAUAUUAAAUGCAGACAAAAUA